UGAAACGAGAUGGAGGGUCAAGCGCGUACUGAAGCUGUCCACGUUGCGGCGAGACAUGGCGCUGCGAUGAGAAUGUGAAAAGAAACAAUAUCAAACAAAGACAGUACCAACGCUAAGGAUCGGCCAACAUGCACCACCCACGAUGACAAGCGUGGGCGCAAAGCCACAGCAACGGCUUGAGCUACGCCCACGUUGUCUCAGUUCCUGCAGCCUCUCUACUCUAUCCGUAAUAAACAAUGGCUCUCGAGAAAUGUAACAGGCGGCACCAAAGCCAGAUAGACAUACUGUGCUCAGCUCUUGACACUCUCGUCAAUUGACGCUCCUCCCGCUCGAUAACCGUUGUACCUGGGAGGCUUGGCCACCUUCCAUGACAGGGUUACGACCGAGAAGGGGCUACUACCCCGACAAGGCUACCAUGGCAAGGUCACCGUGAUGGAGCAUGCGGACGAGGGGGCGAGCUGGGCCAGCAGGGCGAACGGGACGAACAGCUCGCGCAGGGUUGUGGUGCUGAAAUCUCUCUCAUGCCUGGACUCGUGGCUAUUGCUAGGACCCGGUUGGUGGGUGGUUCCCCGCUGGUCUGUCAUUGGGAUCAUGGCCCUGGGAUACCUCCAACGACACUGACAUGCCAAUAUUCGCACUGAGCUGUCCACCGCUUUACAACUGGCCACAUACCGUGCCAAUAUGGGCUGAGAAGCACGGCCCUUUCUCACUCUGCCACCCAGUAUUCAGAUGAGAACCUCUCCUGUAAUCAACUGAGUUCGACAGCGAAUACAAAGCGUUGUACCCUGCGGCGCCCUUGCAAUCCGCGCUUUAUACCUGGCUGAAUGCGGGCUCCAGACGGAUCCAGGCCCAGAGACCGCACCGCAUCGUUGUCGGCACUAUCUCCAAAUCUGCCGUGACGGGGGAGCUAUGCCCCACCUUGCUCACUCUUUGCCCUCACUCCCUCGCUGUGCCUCACACAUGGCCGGGGCCUUGGGGGGUGAGGGCCCAGCACAAUGCAAUGUCGUGCGCUCGUGCCCUCUGAUAAAUCUUGGCUCGUUCAUUCGUCUUGAUUUCUAACAUCUCCACGAGAGCCUCCGGAUCGAAUUUUGAUAUUGCCCGUCCGGGGGGGCUCAUGCUCUCGUCUUGUUAAUUAUUCCUUCUAAUCCUCUCAGUCUCCUGCUUCGCGCGACGGCUGCCCGCCUUCUGUUGUGUACCACCGACAAAUGGCCACUGGCAGAUGCGAACAGUAACCAGCCAGCGAACUUCCCGGAAAGGCGACCAGUCAUGCUCAGCAGCUCAAGCCCAUUCAACAGGAACUCAUAGAAAAGUCGACUCUGGACGAGAUGAGAUGAUCUGGUCCAGAGAUGAGCCGGGAUGACUACACUCCACGGGGCCUAUCCGACCCGGAGUCCCAUCUUGAUCUUGCCGGCCAACGUCAGCGACCUCAGGUUGAUACAGGCACUGGGUCGGAGGCAGUUGCACCGUCACCAAACCAUCAAGGUCGACACGUUACUCUCAAUGCCAUUGUCGAGGUCGAUAUGCUGCGGCGCAAACUUCGUGCCCUCGAAAAUCUUGUCGAACGUUACGGCAUUUCAUCACACAUCCCCUCUCUUUCUGAAGCUGAAGAAGCGCGGGCUCUCCAGUACCGUUGUGAAUGCCUCGAAGCUGCAUGUAAGCAACAGAGUAAGUGAAUAACCUCGCUGUGCACGGUCUAUCUUGCAACCUCCGGUAGAGUAUCUGAUAUGGAUAGAACUAACAGUAUAGACAUGGACGUUGCCCGCGCUCUAAAAGGCUCAUCUCCAUUUCCACCACCUCAAGAAUAUACAUCAUGGCUCGAUCAUCAUCUUGCGCAUCAUGAUCGAGUAACACACUCUUUCCCCUCAGCGGCUUCUACUUCUAUUACCAACUUCUCGAGGGCACCGUUUAAGUGUUGGCAUGAACAAUGCAUCCACUAUGUCUAUGGGUUCUCGACGCAUCUGGAACGGGACAAUCACCUUCGACUGCACUUAACGAAGAAUGCAAGUGAAUCUGGAUCAUUUGUGCCAGCCCAGAGCUCUUCGAAUAUUUCCGAAAUACCAGAGACGGGCGGCGGUGCUCUGCCUCGGGACCGGUUGCCGCCUAUUCAACCUCCAACCACACUCGUAACGACUAAUCUCCCUCCUCUGCCAUUCCCGACACCCUCAACCGCCUCCACAGCGACGACAAGAAGGGACCACAGCUCAAGCUUCUCCUUCUCAGACCCCAAAACUGCGCUGUCAAGAAGCGGCGAGGAAACCACAUCUGACCCACAGCUGCCUCCUCUUAAAAGAGCUCGCGUCGGACAUGAUCGUCUGAAGUCAAUAGGAGAGCUGAAGCUCCUCCACAACAAUGACCCGUGUCUUCGAUGUCGAGCUUCGAACAGACCGUGCGACGCAAAUAACCCCUGUUCCCGAUGUUCGGGGAUGCCGUCAUCCGAGUCCGAGGCACAUUGGAGUAUCUUAGGAUGUUAUCGUGGAUCAGUGACCUCUCUUGUUGAUGUUUUGCUUCAAGGAUCGUUCGCCUGGUCACAACCUCAAACACCGCUAACACCCUCUUAUCCUCGGCGAGGAAGCAUCAACGACCAAAUACUCGCUCAGAACCCCACUUUGUCGGCCGUAAAAAGACCUGCCUGGAGGCUUGAUUUUCAGGAUACUUUUUGGUGGCAGGAUGGAGAGCCUGGCCUUGACGAGCGUAUUAACCAGCCUCUAGGUCCUGGGUACCACGAUCAAGGGACACCGCCACCUGUCCUGCAGCUCAUUGCUUCUAGCCCAAGUUUCCGGGGUGCUGCCUUUGAUCUUCUGGAGCUGUUGAGUGCCAGCGGUCAACUUUCGAUGUCCCGGGAAGAGGAACAGACGACACAUCCCUCGCUUUUUCGCGUGAAGCAACUCUUGCGCGAAAUCAUAUUUUACGAUACCUCUCAGCCAAGUCAGUUACUACGGAGCGAGGGCACCUAUCUUCCGCGCACGCCUGUCGAUCGUCGCCCGUCUACCGAGCGCAAUGUUUCCUUGAGGGAGUGCACACGACGGUACUUGAUCUCUUUGGAUUUCGCAACUUCUAUUUUACCUACUAUGGACCUAAGGCAAUGGCUAGGGGUUUUCAUUUCGAUCUGCAUCUUUAGUGCUGUUAACACCAUAUUGGUUGACAUUGCCUUGUCGUUUCAGGGAAGCGAUCCAUCGCAGGCCAGCACAACACCCACGGAACGACCUGACCAAGUCAUUCGAAGUGUCUACCAAGCUUUGGUCUCUCUAUUCGCCGCUUCAAAUGAUCCUUUAUCUAAUGUGUCUGAGCUCGAAGACCCCAUUGCCCGUAACGUUGCAAGAAUCAUCCGUCGGGAUCAGUGGCCACCACGACAUUUAUUCUCGAGCUUUGAUUUUCUCAUGAAUCUCGGUAUGGGGGAAAUCCCUAAUUCUGGUUUCAACGGCUUUGUUUUACCCAGAAGGCAAUCGUUAGAUUUAAGGGGCUCGAGGGGUUUCCCCACAGCACAACUAGAGAGUACGACAAGACAGCAUUACCUGAAGUCUACGCCAUCCCUUAGUUCAGCAGGUCCAUCGUCACAAUACAUACCUUCUGGAUCGCGGUCGGAUUUUCCUUUACCUGGUCAGUUCUCAUUGCCAGGUGAUGUUGGAGGACGCACCCGCAGACAUACGAUAGGUGACGAUGUGUCACCACGCCUAGAAUCCCGGCGACUUUCGGGUGAACCAAUCUCCCCGUCAAGGUUAAAACCACCUUCUCGUCGAACUUCUUUGCGCCGCGUGUACUGCGACAAGUGUAAUGAGCAUCCAGAUGGCUUCCGUGGUGACCACGAGUUACGCCGCCAUAUAGAUGCCAAACAUUCGGCCACGGUCAAGCGAUGGGUUUGCAAAGAACCCAAGAACCAAAUGCCUUCUGCCCCUCAACCAGUGAUUCCAUUGUCAAGAUGCAAAGCAUGCUUAGCACAAAAGCGCUAUGGCGCAUAUUAUAACGCUGCUGCACACCUCCGCCGCGCACACUUCCGACCUCAUCGAGUGGGUAAAGCUAGUGGUGACUGGCCAUCCAUGAGCAUUUUGAAGGACUGGAUGCGAGAAGUGCGCCAAUCGGUUGAUGUUCCAGAAGAACAUAUCUCCAGCGGUGAAGACGACAUGGAUGAGUAUCCAACACCCGCCGACUACAGAGAUCCGAUACCGCAACAAGUCCCCGCGAUUCCCGAUGCAUUACCAGCAGUUUCUGCCUUAGGUCCAUUACUUUCGUCGAGUUCUAUCGAGCCAUCAAUACCGAUCGAACGAGCAAGUCCGUCUCGAAGGCCUACUGAAAAUCGCACCAGGUGCCCUCAUCCGGAUUGUGGUCGUGAGUUUCGUGACCUGGCCUCUCACAUGCUUACACACCAAGAAGAGCGGCCUGAAAAAUGCCCUAUUGUAACAUGCGAAUACCACACGAAAGGAUUCGCGCGCAAGUACGACAAGAACCGCCACGCUCUUACUCAUUAUCGUGGAACGAUGGUGUGCCCAUUCUGUCCUGGUGUUGGCAGCCCCUUCGAAAAAGUCUUCACUCGUGCUGAUGUCUUCAAACGGCACCUAACUGCUGCCCAUCAAGUUGACCAGACAGGCCAUAGCAGCGGCCACCGGCUACCAGGGGGCGAUGAUCCUGUAGGCACGAAAGCAAGGUGCUCCAUAUGCAAGAACGGGUUUGGUACUGCGCAAGACUUCUAUGAACAUCUAGAUGACUGUGUGCUUGGCGUAAUUGUGCCAACUACAAAUACAUCAAGUCAGCCAACCCGGCUGCAAGGAUCUCCCCAAUAACAUUUGACCGCAAAAUGGGCUGUAUAAUUGACAGGACUACUACGAUGUCCGAUGAAAACUGAACGAACGAGACGGCUGGGAUUAUAUUGAACGAUAGGGGCAGUGAAGCGAUUCUUUAUUCUUCAUUCUUCAUCUACUACUUCUUCUUUUACCGCUCUCCCUUCUUCCCUUUUGUUAUUUUUAGCAUCAUUAAGAGUAUGUGCCUGGUGCACCGCAGGAAUAAGUUUCGAUUCUAGAUACCACCAAGAGUUACGGCGGCAUUGGUCGCAUUUUUGUUUUAUUAUCAGCAUAUCCUUUGAUCAGGCAUUAUAUUUUUAUAUUUAUAUUAUAGUCUAGUACGCAACUUGGAGUUGCAACUGGCCCAUUAUCGUUACAUCACUUGUAUGUCACCAAACCUCUGAUCAUUGGUCGGACAAGAACGAGAUACGAGAUACGUAUUGUGAAAAGCCGAAGUCUGAUAUAUGAUUCAUCCAAGCCCCCCUUUUUAAACAUACAUCAUAAUAAUACCUCCCACACAUAUCAAAAGUGACAUACGCAAACUUUUAAAUUCCGAAACCAGGAAUUACUAACUAAUGAUAUAUUAAACCCAGACGCCAAGCUCAUGCUGUAAACCGCUCACUGCUACAUGUUUAAAUAUGUGUAAUGCAGUGAUUCGCUACGAAUACGACCAUGCUUGGACAUGAUCACUUCGAAUUAGAAUCAUCGGACGGCACAGCCGUCUUCUCGUUAAUUGGGUCAACCAUGAGAGACUCGUCGCGACGACCACUGUGCUUGGGGCUAGAGCGCUUGAAGAAUUCGUGAAUCUCAGGCGAGAACUCGCCGUCAUUGGGCAUAGCACCUUCAGUCUCCUUAGGACCGCGGCUGGCCUGGACAAGCUCCCAUUCGGUACGCAUAUCCUGGACCUUGGCCCGCCAGUCAGCCUCGGGGUCGUAACUCUUACCGAGACCUCGGAAGCGCUCCCAGAGAGACAAAUGAGUAGGGUUGACAGCAACACCGUGGUACUCACUCUCCUUGCCAUCCCGAAUAUAGUACCAGCGGCGCUCCUGCUCCUUAAGAUCAAGACCAGUAGUAUCGGGAAGAAAGAUCCAUGUCAGAAGCAUGCCAGCGAGACCAAACCAUGGGACGACGUAGAAUUUAGUCUGGUCAUCAAUGUAGUUGUAGAGAACGGAAGCGAGAAGAGCGCCGGAUUUGCCGAUACAGGCGGAGAAGCCGUGGGCAGUAGCACGGAUGGGCGUGGGGAAUACCUCACCAGCCACGAGGAAGGUGACCGAGUUGGGACCGAAUUGGUUGAAGAAGGACGAGAUGAAGUACAUGGCCUGGAAAGAAUGGAUUCCCGCAGGACUGGUGUAGUAGUCGAACUUGAAGGCGGGAAUAAUGAACAUCAGGAAGCACAUGAAGAAGCCCACUUGCUGCAUCAUCUUCCGGCCGUACAUCUUGUUGUCGAUGAGAAGAGAUGCGAGAUAGUAGCCAGCCAGGGAGACGGUGAUAUUGACAAGGUUCCAGGUCCAAGUGGUGAAGAUAGACUUGCUGUCAGGAGAGAUGACCUUGAUGAAUUGACCCUGGAAAAGCUUGUUGCCGUAGAAGAAGACAUCGUUGCAGAACCAAGUACCAGCAGUAGCAAAGAGACGUCCACCGAAGUUGGUAAAGCAGUGGCGAAGAGCGUUCACGUCAUAGCCGGUGACGUUAGAGCGCUUCUUUGCCUCAGCGAGCUGCUUACCAGCGCUGCGCAUGCGGUAAGUACGAUAGUAGAGGAGCCAGAGCGUACCGAUGGCAGGGAAUGCAAAAGACAGUCGGAAAGUAUACUGGGCAGCCGACUUGCUGUAGGGAGGCGAACUCUUGCCGUUGUUGAAGAUGGCGAGCAGAACAAUGAGAAUGACCUGGUUCACGAACUGGCCCCAGCCCUGCAUGAGGAAAGCCGUGGUGACACGGCGACCACGAUGCAGACGAUCUUCACGAGUCGAGAUCCUUCCACCAGAAGAAACACCUUCAAGAGAAGAAGUUGCUGUAAUGGGGUACUCGCCACCAACACCGAAACCGUAAAAGAAGAGAGACCAGGCAUAACAGAUAACCCAGCCUUGAAGGGUAAGUCCCCAUGAGGCAGUGAG